AUGCAUGCAACCGCUGCCGCCUCCCUGUACACUGUGAGUACCCCGACUUUUUCUCACCUGCGCUCGCCUGGCUCCCUUAACUCUCAAGUCCUUCCGUCCGCUUUUCUCAAUCAAUACGGCAAGAACAAGGUCCGCAUACUGAGGCGCCGUCACUCUUGCCUCUUAGCUGUAGGAGCCUGGAAGUGGGGAAUGAAGCUGAAUUGGAACGGUCGAGCCCCCCAGGCUGCACAGAUUCCAGAUGCAGAAUGGGAGAAGCAUAAAGAUGUCAUCGUUUUACUUCGUCCGCUGAUGACUCUCGAGGCUCUGAUGGUCACUAUGGCACGAGACUAUAGUUUUACAGCUUCGCGGCCUCAAUACAAGUCAAGAUUCCAGAAGUGGGAGCUUCCUAAUGUAAAGGCGGCACCGAGUCUGCAUGGAAUUGGAACAACUCCGGCAGCCACCACAAGGGACCCAUCAUUUAAUUUGCCGCUACGUGAGGGAACGAGUAACCUUCAAGUCGAGGCUGUCGCAGAAUCGUUGCUCAGUCCGACUGCAGAGUCCACACCAUCUCCCGCCGUGGAACACGAAACACCCCUACGAGCGCACAUCCCGUCUGUUGCUAACUCCGAAGCCGAAAUGGAGAAUGUCGAUAACAAGAGAAGGCCAGUCCCGUUAUUUCAACCAGGUGGCAGUACAAGUGUUCAACCGGUAACGCCCAACCCAAGUCGGCCUUUGCAAAGCAAUCUAUAUCCUGGCAGCAUCGAGGUCAUUGCACCACGAGAUCUUAUUGAUGCUAUGGAGCGCUAUGAUGUCGAACCCAUGCUCUCUGCUCAAGACCUACAAAACAUCGCCGAAGCAGGCCAUUUUCUCUUUGCCGCUGGAUCAUACCAAAAUGCUUACGACUUGUAUACCAAAUACUUUCACGUUCUGUUGGCACGGAACCACGAGACGAUGCAUCCCUUGGUGUCUGCUGUUGUUAACGUUGCUCGCUCUGCCCAAAGUUUGACACAGCUAGAGGUUGCAAAGCAGGCAAUAGAAAAAUUGAUGCAAGAAGCCAAUGAGAAGCUCAAACUUUUUCCGACGGCAGAGUUUACAUUACGAGCUCAGUUGGCAGACAUUUUGCGGAAAUUGGGACAGCCUAUUGAAGCCGCAAAGCAGUGCGCAUUCGUUCUUACUGGCUCUUACGGUUGGGGAUGCGACUCAGGGUAUGUCCCAAACGAUCGACGGGGACCGGCUUUUCUUCUUUACCAGUGCUGCAUUAAACUCUCGGAACGCUCCGAAGAAUCGACUGAUCACAGCUGUUUGUGCUCCUUUCAGCCAAUGUUGCCAGGAGGAUACCUCUGCUGGAGAACUAAGUCCCCCAACGAUGAGAACUUGCGACUGAUCUUUACGUGGUGUGCGGCUAGAUUGCUCGACACGGAACUGCACCAGCCAUUACCCGCAUUGGAAGCCAGGCACGUGGAUGACGAUGAAGCCUUCUUCCGCGAGCUUGCCACAGUUGUCUUUUGCCAUCUGUGGAUGGCUUUUCUCAAGGCAAGCAAAGCCGAAGAGGAGGACGAGAACAUCGCCAAGUUGGUUUUUCAAAUCCGGGAACUUAUGGGAAUCUCUACCCCUGAAAUCUUUGCCACCGCAUCAGUGGCGCUCAUGAGUCUAGCACCACGCUGGGUAGUAAACGGCGUAUCGAGUCGCUCGAUUGAGGUUCCAUGGCAAUGCUAUCACACAGCCCAAAACCUGAGGUGUGUGCAAGAGAGAGCGCUGUGGGAGAGCUCUCAUCCCGAAUUCAUCGAGAUAUUCCUCACGGCUUAUGCCACGGUCAACACUUCAAAAGUACCAAGUCAAAUACUGGAAGCAGAUCACGUCAGCGCCUUCGUACAAGAACAUUCGAACAUAUCUUUAUCAUUUUCACUUAGCCAGGCUUCAGCGGCCACCUCCUCUAUUCCAACGAGAUCCCUUAACGGACCCUGUUAUUCACUUUUUCCCAAAGCGUCCAUUGAUUCAACGACCAAAUCCUCCACUAUUCCAACGAGACCGAUUAACGGACCUAGUUAUUCACCCUUUCCAACAGGAUCGUUUGAUCCAACUAUUUCUAUAACGCCUCGAUCUUCCCAGAGCAGCGGAUUUGCCUCGAUGUUGUCCUUGCAGCGAAGGAUAGCCCGGGGGCAGGGUCACAAGAGCAACGCUGAUGAUCUCUCAAUCCGCAGUCAGCGGCGAGAUUCAGCAUCGACUUCAUCCCUCAGGCGGCAGCUUGGACUCUCUAUAACGUCUUACAGAACCCUGUCGACGGACGAUAGUGAGUCCUUGCACAGUAGUGCCAUGGACUGGGAGCCCACCAUCGGCACGAUUGAGGAAGGCAUUGCAAUAUAA